GUUGAUUUUUUCGACUGUGACGUGUUUUUUUUCUAUGAUGUUUUCAAAGGUGCAAAUUUUUCAUACUCUGAAUUAGGAACUUUGAUAAAAAUCUUAUUAGACCUAAUCUAUGAGUUUUAUACAGUUUAUUAAUCUAGUAAUUAUUAAUAUAAUAAAGGACACGAAAUGGAUUUACACAAACCAGUUGAUCUAGGAAAUAGGUCCAUAGAACAGCUCACUUCAGAGGAAAAAGCUAGAUAUGAACACCAGCGUAUGCAUGAAAAACAUAAAGGACAUGAAGCGAUGCAUAUGGAAAUGAUCCUCAUUCUCAUAGGAUCUCUUGUAGUGGCCCAAUUUUUACUAAUAGAAUGGAAAAGGCGACAUUAUAGAAGUUAUUCAAUUGUCACCCUUUUGGGCAUGUGGCUAGUUCCUAUUGCAAUUUGCUUAAAAAGUCAGUGGUGGAGAUUUAUAUUUAUAUGGUUGCUUUUUUCCUGUAUAACCGGUCUUAUCUUUAGACAAGCAGUUCGAAAACCUUUGAACGGUACCACUCCAAGGUUGGUCUAUAAAUGGUUCCUACUUUUGUACAAACUGAGUUACAUCCUUGGAAUCAUUGGUUAUGUAAUCAUGAUGGCCACAUUUUUUGGACUUAAUUUACUUUUUAAUGCUAAAGCGGAUAAGUGGAUGGACACAGCGAUUUUAUUUAUUUUUUAUGGGCUUUACUAUGGCGUUUUAGGGAGGGAUAUAUCUGAGAUAUGUGCUGACAAAAUGGCAUCACAUAUUGGGUAUUAUACACCUCAAGGUAUGCCAACUAAGAACCUAGAUCCUAAUGUUUGUGCGAUAUGUGGAAAUCGAUUGCUUGUCGCUGCAGAUGAGGAGGGAGUAAUAGAAAACACAUAUCAGCUAAGUUGUGAACAUGUGUUCCACGAAUUUUGCAUACGAGGCUGGUGCAUUGUGGGCAAAAAACAAACUUGCCCCUAUUGUAAAGAAAAAGUAGACCUAAAAAAAAUAUUCUCCAACCCUUGGGAGAAGCCUCACAUGCUCUUUGGGCAAUUGUUGGACUGGAUCAGGUGGUUGGUGGCGUGGCAACCUUUAGUAUUAUUCUUAGUACAAGGAAUUAAUUAUUUACUGGGUCUUGAAUGAGACUGAUACUUUAUACGUAUAUAAAAUUCGUUCCGAG